CUAGUGGGCGGCUACAGGUUAGGAAUGCAAAGAAAAACAUAUUUAAGUGUCCAGUAACCACAGGGUGCAUGUACACUUCCUCCAGAUUUAUCUCAUUUUGUGCAAAGGGCGUGUCACUGUAAUCACGAAACAUCGUCCUCAGAGCUUCAGUGAGCCGAGCAGCACUGGAAAAACGAGUUUCAACACAGAUGAAAAUCAAAGUUUGUCGAAGCAACAGUGGAGCUGCGGUCCUCGUGAGGAUCACUUCACUCUGAGGACAAACGAAACGGAGUUCAUUCAGACUUUUUCAACAACACAGCAGAGUCUCUACCAAACACAGUGUAGAUAUGGCUGCUGCCGGCUGUCUGCUGACUCAAGAUGAGUUUCUGUGCCCGAUCUGCCUGGACGUCUUCACCAAUCCAGUCGCCACACCGUGUGGACACAACUUCUGCAAGACCUGCAUCACUGAGCACUGGGACCUGAACAUCCCCUCUCAGUGUCCUGUGUGUAAAGAGGUUUUCUACACCAGACCCGAGCUGCGGGUCAACGCUCUGAUCUCUCUGAUGGUCACUCAGGUCAGACAGUCGGCUCAAGACAAAGCCAGCAGCAGCAACAGCAGCUCAGAGCUACAGUGUUCCACAUCAGAGUACAUCCCCUGUGACGUCUGCACAGGAACCAAACUGGAGGCUUUGAAGUCCUGCAUGGCGUGUUUGGCGUCCUACUGUGAGACUCACCUGGAGCCUCAUUUCACAGUCAUGGGUCUGAAAAAUCACCAGCUCAUCAGUCCUGUGAAGAACCUGGAAGCCAGAAUGUGUAAGAUACACCAUAAACCUCUGGAGCUGUUCUGCAAGAACGACCAGGCGUGUGUCUGCCCGCUCUGCAUGGUUUUAGACCACAUGACUCACAAUGUCAUCCCUCUGAAACAUGAAUAUGAAGAAGAAAAGGCCAAACUGGAGAAGACAGAGACUGGAAUUCAACAGAUGAUCCAGAUGAGACGACUGAAGAUACAGGAAAUCAAACGCGCGGUGGAGCUCAGUAACGACGCUGGAGACUCAGAGAAGGCUGAUGGUGUUCAGGUCCUCACUGCUCUGACAGAGUUUAUUAAGAGAGGCCUCGCUGAGCUCAGCGAGACGAUUGAAGAGAAGAAGAGACCGACAGAGAAACAGGCUGAAGGCUUCAUCACAGAACUGGAACAGGAAAUCUCUGAGCUGAUGAAGAGGAGUGCAGAGAUGAAGCAGCUCUCACGCUCUGAUGACCACCUCCUCUUCAUCCACACCUUCCCAUCCCUGAAUGCUGCUCCACCCACCAAGGACUGGACGGAUGUCAGAGUCUGUCCUCCAUCGUAUGAGGGGACUGCAGUGAGAGUUGUGGACCAGGUGGAGAAGACGCUCAGUAAAGAGAUGAAGACGGUCUUUGAGGCAGAGCUGAAGAGGGUCCAGCAGUUUGCUGUGGAUGUGACUCUUGAUCCUGAGACGGCGAAUCCCUGGCUCGUCCUGUCUGAAGACAGGAAACAGGUGAGCUGUGGUAAGGUGGCUAAGAAGCUCCCAGACAACCCGGGGAGGUUUUCCUUUUAUGCCAUCGUCUUAGGAAAGCAGAGUUUCACUUCGAGGAGGUUUUAUUACGAGGUUCUGGUUAAAGAGAAGUCGAAGUGGGAUUUGGGAGUGGCCAGAGAGUCCAUCAACAGGAAGGGACAGAUCACUCUGAAUCCUCAGAACGGUUACUGGACGAUAUCUCUGAGGAACGACAAUGAGUACAAAGCUCUGGCUGAGCCCCGUGUCCUUCUGUCUCUGAGGUCAAAGCCUGAGAAGGUGGGGGUGUUUGUAGAUUAUGAGGAAGGUCUGGUCUCCUUCUACGAUGCUGAAACUGCAGCUCUUAUCUACUCCUUCACCGGCUGCUCCUUCACUGAGAAACUCUACCCGUUCUUCAAUCCCUGUAACAAUGAUGAUGGUAAAAACCCCGCCCCUCUCAUCAUCUGUUCGCUCCAAAACGUCAAAUUUAACUUGAUGGGAAUAUACUCCAGAAUAAGAAAAGUUCCAUAAUCGACGGUUUACAUAAUAAAUUAAAAAUCUGAGAUUAUAUUUGUGUCUUUCCUCAUUAAACAUCGUCUUCAGAUCCACGUGUACCCCAUGGUCUUUAAUAAGUUGCUAUGGUGAUAGAAGGAGGAAGUGACAUGUGACAAUUUUUCCGUCAGCCCAAAGUAAAAAGUAUUUUGUAAUGUUCGGGAUAUUUUUCAAAUUCACAGCAUUAAAAAUGAUAUGGCGCCCACUUCCUGUUUACAAACUCUUGCUAUAACGGCUAAAUAGGACCUCGUGACUGUCCCUUGAUCUGGAUCUUUGUGUCUGUGGUGGCGGGGAAUGCCAUAAUGCAGACCUACAGCCUGUAAUUUGAGCAACAGCCCAGGAGAGCCAGCCAAACUCUGUCAGAUGAAUAUCUGAAGCAAACCUAUAAAACUAGAUCACUGAUUUUGCUGCAAAUCUUCUUGAAUUAAUAUUUCUUAUUUUCUUUUUACUAAUUUGUCAUAUUGUUGAGAAUGUCGUUAUCCUGAAAUACCCUGAUAUUAUUUUAGGGUUGUUUGCAUCAACGUUUCUUUGUACACAAAUGUUCCUACUGGUCAGAUAGCGCUUUGAUCUUACACUGUGUCAUUUAAUAUAUGUUGUGGCUUUUCUGAGUUCAAAAGAAAUCUUACAUGCAAAAACACACAGCAGGCAGGUUUGAAAAAUAAAAACCGAGCUUUAAUAAGACAAAGCCCAAAGACCAAAAAUAAGCAGGAAAGAGAACUGAAGGAGCAGGCUGAGGUAAAAGCACAGAAACUAAACUGAGAAGUAUCAAAGAACACGGAGGGACUCCAACAAGGAACAGAGACCAGCAGACUGAGAGACGAGGAGAGCAGGGAGACAACGGGGAACAGGUGAAACAAAUCAGGGCGGGGCAGACGAUCACUGAGGCGGGAAAACACACAAAGGCAGGAAGUAAAAAUAGACAAGACACAUGAGGAGUGCGCCUACAAAAUAAAACAGGAAACAGACGAAACAUGAACAAUAGAAUAAAACCAAACAAGACGAGACGAGAGAAAAGAGACGGUAAACAUGAACCCAGGAUGACGACAGGUGUCACACACACGGUGGUGACGUGCACUGCUCACACCGUGUUUCUUGACAGUUUCCUCUGCUGAGUCUCGUCGAGCUCUUUGCUGCUGUGACGCAGCGCUCUGACCUGCUGACUGAUCUGAUGUGAUGAUGUGUGAUAUGUUCUGUCCUCAGCAGCGUCACAGCGAUGUAAGCAGAAAUAAGCAUUUGUGACUUAAAUGAUUACGUGUAUGAUAUGAUUGUUUUAUGUAUCCUCAGUGCAGUAUGAGUUUCUCUCUUCAUGUUCAUAUUCUUAAAAUAAAUUAUAACAAAGGAAAAAGCUUGGAUGGGUGGAGUCGUUUUUUAGUAUUUGCUUAAAUAAUUAAAUGUCUGACUGCUGCCUGACGAUCGAAGCUAA